GAAAUGUGACUGUGGUUUAUUCCAAGGCUUGCCACAGCGGCGAAGAGAACUUACCAAACUCAAGAUGCGAACAAAUAAAAUUUCUACAUUAAUAAUUUUUCUGUCUUUCAUUUCACUUGUAAAGUGUUGUUCUUACGAUCAGUUCUCAUGUAGAAAUGGGGGUUGUACAAGUGCGCGGUAUCAAUGCGAUGGAGGAAGAGAUUGCGGUGAUGGAAGCGAUGAAGAAAACUGCGUGUGUACUAAUGGUCCUUCGUGUUAUCGUGAGCCAAUAUCAACUUGUCAAGGUAACGAGUUUCGUUGCACUUCCGGUGCUUGUAUCCCAGAAACGUGGGCAUGUGAUGGCGACUUUGACUGCGCUGAUUUAUCCGAUGAACACAACGACUGCGAAAAUCGGACUUGUGACCAACACCAAUUCACCUGUGAUAAUGGCGUUUGCAUAGACGUGCAGUUAAAAUGUAAUUUCAAGAACGAUUGCGGUGAUAAUUCAGAUGAGACGGUGUGUCAAAUUCAUCCAGCGCAUAGUUCCACUCCGAACCAUGUGGCUGACUGUGGAGAUGAGUUUCGGUGCAAAGAUGGCACCUGUUUGCCGAGGCAUAAUGUUUGCAACCAAAUUAUCAAUUGUCCUGACGCAAGCGACGAAGGUGGCGAGUGCUCAACUGCUUGUAAUACGAACCAAUGCGACCACAACUAUCAAGCAACACCAAGUGGAUGUGAGUGUACAUGUCGUAAAGGAUUUCGCCUUGCUGGUGAUGCUAUCACUUGCGUUGACAUGAACGAGUGCCUGAAGGAUCCACCAGUUUGCAGUCAAUUGUGUACAGAAACAGUUGGUUCAUACUCCUGCGAAUGUUUCAAAGAGUUUGUAAUGAGAUAUGAUAACGUUACUUGUAAAAGUCGGGGUGAUCCAAUGUCUAUCUACUUUGCGGUUCGCAACGAAAUUCGACAAUAUGUUCCUUCUCGACGGAGUUUACGUGUUGUAUAUGUGGAGACAUCUGGAGACAUUACUUCAUUGGAAGUGGAUGUAACACGAGAAAUGAUUUACUAUACAAUUAGAGGAAACACCACUCUACAACAACUGGGAAUUGCAAAUGGCUACCGGAAAUCUGUCAGCAACGUAGGCGUUGCUAAGCCCAUCGCUCUCGAUUGGAUAACACAAAAUGUCUACUUUGCUUCAGAAGCACCCAGUACCGAAGGAAUUUCAAGUCAACUCCGUGUCUGCAAUGUCGCAGGGUGGCAUUGUGCACUCAUCAGUGAACCAAUCCAUUCCGUCACUGCUCUAGCCGUGGACGCCAUGAAUAAAUAUUUAUUCUACGCUACAGUUCUACCUAAUCUUGAAGGAGGUUAUAAUCAUAUAGGACCAAUCAUUCGUUUGUAUCGCAAUAAUCUAAGUAGUAGGCAGUCUAAUCACAUAAUCAAAACUUUCGACAAUGCUAUCAACAAUAUCGCGAUUGAUUACCGCCAUAAAUAUGUUUAUGUUGCGAGAGAAGGAACUAUUGACAGAUUGGAUUACGAUGGUAAUAGAUUAUUGAAUAUUGUUGAGACCGUAAUGCGCACGCAGGGUUUGAAUGUUUUUGAGAACCAUUUGUAUUUUCUGACAGAAUCGGGUCUCACAAUGCACAAGUGUCGAUUGUAUGGGGAUGCACGGCGUUGCACUAGCUUCAGAUUGAGUGCGGAUAUUACUGAAAUGUUUGUGAUUGCGCAGAAGUCGAGGCAGACACCCGGGCGUAACGCUUGUGCUAAUUAUGAUUGUAGCCAUCUUUGUUUGCCGAAUGAGGUUGGGGCAUCUUGUGUUUGCAGGAAUGGAGACGUCAUUGAAGAGGCUUUGGACUGUACUAAUGUAGUUUUGAGUAUUGAAUAGUAUUAUAGAGGGUGCAUAGUAGAAAUAGGUUUAGGAAUUUUACUUUUAAAUGUAUUAGUUUGAUGUUUUUCAUGUUUUAUCUAGGCGACAUUAGCUUUCGUUCAUAUAAUGACGGUUAAAGCAUUUUCUUUCAUUUAUAUGUAUUAAUAUUCACAUUUUUUUAAAACUAUUGUUAAUGCAAUUAAUUAUAAUAAAUAAUAAUAAUAAUGCUAGA